UCCGUCACUCUAGAUUCGAGUCAGGUGAAAUCAUCACAGUGGCUCUCCCUCUCUAGAGGCGACGCUGAAAACCAUCGCCGUAUUGCUUUGCCCUGGAGUGAACUAAGUCUUGUCUAUCCAAGUAAAUAUCUCACAGUAAAAUAUUGUAUCUUCGCUGAUACAGCGAGGAUUCUCUGGUUGAGAGGAGGGCCGCUGAGAGGAAUCUUCUCAAGAUGAAGUUUUCCCUCUCCUUUUUGUUACUUGCUUUUGGGUGGUUGCUCAUAUCCCAGGGGGAGGCAGCUACGCAAAACUCGUGUGCGGAACUCGAGGGUCUUUGUGUAGCACCCGAGACCAAGUGCGGGAAUAUCUUGACUGACGGGAAAUGUCCAGGGGAGAAGGUCUGCUGCAAAAGACGGCUUAGAGGUGCACAGACGAAAAACCAAAUGACCCGGAACAAAAAACCCAACGGAGAUAAAAAAGGUGUAAAAAACCAGGAACACGGAGGAAAACGAAAUCAUCCAAAGCAAAAUGGUAAUAAUCAGAAGAAGGCUGAUGGGGAAAAGAAAGGCAACAAGAAAAUAAUCAAACCAUCUCCGGAAAAAAAACGAAAUAACCUGGGAAAGAAGAUGAAUGGAGGAAACACACCAAGAAAACAAGGGGCUAAAGAGAUGGCUGGGAAGGGGAAGGAUAGGCAGAGGAAUCCCUCCAAAAACGGCAACACAAGGAAAGAUCCAAAAAGUAAUCGUCCUGGGGGGAAGAGGAACGGCCACAAAACAGUCCAAAGUCAAAAAGGAGGCAAGAAGAGGAAAAACAAAGACAAAAGCCAAAGAAGGAAGAACGGGUUGAAGAAUUCCGGUGGAGGAGCCAAACGACAGAAAGGAGAAGAAAACCAGAAAAAACAGCGAAACAACAAAAGCAGGCAUAACAAGCAGAUGGGCAAUAAGAAGGGCGCAAAGGAUCACAAGGAAAAAAAUGGCAAGCUGAAUGGUGACAAAAAAGGGAGAAAUAAUAAGAGAAAAGGCGGUAAAGGGACAGGAAAAGACAGACAAGCACAAAAGAAAUCAAAAGAUCAUAAGAAAGACGGACAACGGGGCCAGAAAAAAGAUGAGAAAGAUCGAUCAGGGAAGAAGGACGGGACGAAAAAGGAAAAGGAAAUCCUUAAGAAAGAAGGAAAAGUAAGCGGGAAAAAGGAGGCAGGCAAAAGCUGCAGUCUUUCCAAAAAGUGCUUAAAGAAAGACGGAGAAUGCGUCCGGAAGGGCAAGUGCAGAAGUGAGAUCAUUCCCGACAAGUGCAAAGGAAAAUCUUGCGAUUGCUGCAAAUCGAACUGUUCAAAGAAAGCCAAGUCAAAAUGCACAAAGAAAGGAGGCGAGUGUAAACUCUUCUGUAAGCCAAGCGAAAAGGUCAUCCCGAAAGGUUGCAAAGGUAAAAAAUGUUUCUGCUGCUUGAAGGAGGUCAAAUGUCGAAAGAAGUGCGCCAAGGGCCUGGGCAAAUGCGUCAAGAAGAAGAAGGACUGUAAGGGAACGCUGAGUAAAAGGUGUAAACCCAAAAAAGGACAGACAGGAAAGAAGUGUUACUGUUGCAUCGAAGGUCCAGGAGGAGAUGUUACAAAUAUGUCCAUCAGCACACCACCAGGUGGUGUGAAUACAGGACCUGGUGGAACCACGACCCUGGGUCCUGGAGGAGAUAUAACAACUAUCCCCAUCGGCACAUCACCUGGUGAUGUAAAUACAGGGCCUGGUGCAAACACGACACUGGGUCCAGGAUCAGACGUAACGACUAACGGUAUCAGCACUUGCACCGAGUGGUGCAAAUAUACAAGUGGAUCAAACGAUACGGCCAAGCCCGUCAGCACAACGGCAAGUGUUGUAAACACAGGACCUGGUACAAACACUACUGCGGGUCCAGGAUCAAACGAAACUACCAAACCCGUCAGCACAACGGCAGGUGGUGUAAACACAGGAUCUGGCAUAAACACAACAGCUGGACAGGUGUGGUCAGCGCCAGGGAAUCGACGGAGGGACAUGGGUUGCUUGAAGAUUUCACCAAAGCACAGACAGACGCGUCUCCUCAAGCAGCAAUGUUUAGGAACUUCUAAGGUGGGCUAA